UGUGUGUUAGAGUUAGUGAGUGCGUGUGAGUGAAUGAGUGAGUGGGUGAGAGAGAGAGAGAGUGUGUGUGUGUGUCGUGGUGGGGAAUAUCGUUGUUCGGUCGGUUCAGUGAUAGUAAGCGGAGCUCUGUGGAGAAAGGCUGCUGGUUCAGACUGAGGCUCGUUCUACAGCUGUCAAAGGUGAAUGUGAUAUCUGGAGGAGAACAACAUUUGAGAACAUGGCUGUGGCUGAAUGUCCGGAUUAUUUCCUACACCAUCCAAAUUACCAGCAGGACAAUGUAGACCGAACUGCCAAUCACAGACCAGCAGAACUAAUUGGGUCAAGUUUUCAGCAGGCAGCCAAUCGGAACUCUCCAAACCACCAAGAGGAUGACGUGGAUCUGGAGGCGCUGGUGAAUGACAUGAACUCUUCAUUUGAGAGUCUUUACUCCACUUACAGUGUGCACGCUGAGGCUGCCCCCCUACUUCAGAAUGGCCAACCACACCGGUCCAGCGAACACACACACUCUCACAGCCAUACACACAGCCACCCCACCUCCCCGCAUCAGAGACUGCGACGCUCCCAGCCUAUGCAUAUCCUCGCUGUCAGGAGACUACAGGAGGAGGAGCAGCAGUAUCGAACGUCCUCCCUGCCGGCCAUCCCCAACCCCUUUCCUGAACUGUGCAGUCCAGCCGGCUCACCCACGCUCUGUCCCGGCUCUUUACCUCCAAGUCAACCCUCAGGCAAAUAUAUCAUUAAAAUCUUCAGCGAGGACGGCAUGGGCAAAGUGGUGGAGAUCCCAGCCGACAUGACGGCACGAGAUCUGUGCCAGCUCCUUGUGUACAAAAGCCAUUGUGUGGACGACAACAGUUGGGCGCUUGUGGAGCAUCACCCGGUCAUGGGGCUAGAGAGAUGCUUAGAAGACCAUGAACUUGUGGUGCAAGUGCAGGCUUCUAUGACCAGCGAGAGCCGAUUUCUCUUCAGGAAGAACUAUGCCAAAUAUGAAUUCUUUAGAAAUCCUUUGAGCUUCUUCCCAGAGCAAAUGGUGGCCUGGUGUCAGGAAAGCAACAGAACCAUUCCCCCCUCUCAGUUGUUGCAGACGUUUUUAAACUCCAGCAGUUAUCCUGAGGUCCAGGGGUACUUGUAUGUGAAAGAGACAGGCAGGAAAUCAUGGAAGAAGCUGUAUAUGUUUUUGAGACGCUCAGGAUUGUAUUUCUCGACGAAAGGAACGUCAAAGGAACCAAGACAUUUGCAGUUACUCGCCGACCACGAAGACAGCAAUAUCUUUACCGUAAUAUCAGGCAGAAAGCUUCACAAUGCACCAACGGAGUACGAGUUUUGUAUAAAGCCCAACAAGGUACGGACUGAACAGAAGGAGUUGAGAAUGUUGUGUGCGGAAGACGAACAGAGCAGAACAUGCUGGAUGACUGCAUUCAGAUUGUUCAAGUAUGGAAUUCUUCUUUAUCAGAACUACAAAAUCCCACAACCAAGAAAAGCUUUGAUCUCACACUUCUCAACACCAGUGAGGAGUGUAUCAGAGAACUCUCUGGUUGCCAUGGAUUUCUCAGGGAGGAUAGGCAGGGUCAUCGACAAUCCUGUGGAAGCUCAAAGUGCCGCAUUAGAAGAGGGCCAUGCCUGGAGGAAGAGAAGUCAACGCAUGAACACUCUGGGAAGCCCCAGCCCACUACACCCCUCAUCAUUAAGUGGAGUAAUACACGUAACUCAGCUUUGGUUUCACGGACGGAUCACACGGGAAGAAUCGCAUAGGAUAAUCCAUCAGCAAGGUCAAGUGGAUGGAUUGUUUCUCUUGAGGGACAGCCAGAGCAAUCCUAAGGCUUUUGUUCUUACGCUGUGCCACCACCAGAAAAUUAAACACUUUCAGAUUUUACCGUGUGAAGAGGAUGGUCAGAUGUUCUUCAGCCUUGAUGAUGGCACCACCAAAUUCACAGACCUGAUCCAACUGGUGGAGUUCUACCAGCUCAACAGAGGAGUCCUGCCUUGCAAGCUUAAGCACCCCUGCACCAUUGUGGCCUUAUGACCUCUGAACUGGACUUUGGUUGAGAGAAGCCCUGUGCUCUCUGAGAAUCGGACAAUAUUUCAGUGGUUAGUGCUGGGCAGAGCUGCGUAGAGACUGGUUGUCCUCAGACGAGUACACUGCAGGUGUUUUCUGUGCUUUAGAGAAGUCCACAAGUGCAAACAAGGCCAUGGUGAAGCUCACAUUUUGGUUGCCAACAAGCUUUCAUCCACUGGUAAACUUGAGUGCUGUCUGUAGUCGCUAUGGCAUUCCUCUAUCGUGCAGUUAUCAAGAGGUCUUUUUUUUUUUUUUUUCUUUUUUUUUUUUUUUUUUAUAAAGGUGCACUUGUUUGAAGAUCCUGUUUUGAGAUAAUCAAGAGGGCCAUUGUUUUGGAAGAUCUCCAAAAACUGUAGAUGAGUCGUUCUAGUUUGCCAGUUUUGAUUUUGUUUUGUGUUCAUGAACAGGGAACAGCUAAGCUAAAUCCAUGUCAUUUGAAACCCAAGCUCCUCUCUUUGUAAACACCCUUUAUUGCACAGAGCUGGAAUGACAUAUGUGGAUGGCCCUCUGAGGCAAGCACAGUACUGUGAAAGAGGUCUUGAUUUUCCCUUUCCUGCACCCACCUUUCUCUAUUUUUCUUCCUUCUCCAAGUCAAUUUUUUUCUGAACACUUUACCAGUUCCCUUCUGCACUUUUUUCCUUUUUGAUUCCAUGUCAGUACUGAGGUGGUUUGCCUCAACCAAUGCCCCAAAUCUUCAAAUCACCCCUAGUUCCACAAUGAUACGUCAUUUGAAGCGCCUCCUGUCAGUAACAGGAAACACCACCAGCCACUGAAAUCACGGCACAAGUUACUCUACUGAAAUCUACCUUACUGCCACUACCGAUAGAAAGGGCACCCUGAUGGCCAAAUGGAGUUUAAUGGGGGUAAAAACACUAACUAUAUUCCUACAUUACAACAUGCUAACUGCAGGGAGCUCAGACAGCACGUAACAGAAUUCGUCUUUUAUGGGGAAAUAUCUAGACAUAAUUAGAGGAAAAAUCACCUGAACUGCUGCCACUUCUAGAUUUCUCAACAGUUCAUUUGUCUUGCAAGUUCUUCUUUCCGUGUCUUGACAGAUAGUCAGUAGGACAGUGCACUGUGAAGCCCAGCUGUGGAACCUGUCUGGUAUAGUGGGGGUUCUGUUUUCUAUUUUGCCUUGUUCAACAGUAGCAGCAAACAGACAGAUUUGUAACUCUAUUUUUUCAUUUGUAAUGAGUACCUUACGAAAGAGCCAUCUUUUUAGCAUUUUGCCUAUAAUAUAUUAAGCUAGAUAGAGAAGGCCUAGCCACCAUGUCUACAAGCUCACCUGAGUGACCAUUAUUACACAGAUUAAAUGCAAAUGAUGCAAUCAUUUUUAA